AGAGAUGAGAUGAGGGGGCGGGGAGGAGUAGAGGACACAGAGGAGUGGAAGGUGCGGAACUCCAUGUGCGCAGAGCGAGAGAAUCACCGAGAGAGACGACAUGACACAGGCGGAUUUUGAUAAAGCGGCGGAGGAGGUGAAGAAGCUGAAGCAAACCCCUAGUGAUGAGGAGAUGCUGAAGACGUACGCCCUCUACAAGCAGGCCACUGUGGGGGAUGUGAACACAGCUCGGCCGGGAAUGUUGGACUUCAAAGGAAAAGCCAAGUGGGACGCCUGGGAGACCAAGAAAGGGAUCAGCCAGGAAGACGCUCGCGCUCAGUACAUAAAGUUUGUGGAGGAGUUGAAGGCGAAGUACGGGUGCUGAGGAGAGGAAGGUGAAGGAUUUGGGGCGUCUCUCCCGCCGCCGUCCGUCCGCGUCUGUAACGGUUUCUUAUGUAUCAAUAAAUCGCCAUUGUUACUUUUCA